UGCCGGCCCCGGGAUGUCGCGCAAGAAGGCGGCUCGCAGCAAGGGCGGCGGUGCCGCACCCUCCGCCGCGCUGCCUCCCGCCGCACAGAGCUCCGGCCGAGCCGCCGCCGCUCCCCGGGGAAGCGCCGCCGCCGCCGCCGCCCCCGAGCUGCCCCGCAACGGCGGCGCGGCGCGGCCCUCGCUGAGCAGCAGCGGGGAGUUCUACGACCUCGCCUUCAAGGUGAUGCUGGUGGGCGACUCGGGGGUCGGUAAGACCUGCUUGCUGGUGCGCUUCAAGGACGGCGCCUUCCUCGCCGGCAGCUUCAUCUCCACGGUGGGAAUCGACUUCAGGAACAAGGUGCUAACGGUGGAUGGGGUGAAGGUGAAGCUGCAGAUCUGGGACACGGCCGGGCAGGAGCGUUUCCGCAGCGUCACCCACGCCUACUACCGCGAUGCCCACGCCCUGCUCCUGCUCUACGAUGUCACCAACAAAGCGUCCUUCGACAAUAUCCAGGCUUGGCUGACAGAGAUCCAUGAGUACGCACAGCAGGAUGUGGUCCUCAUGUUACUGGGAAACAAGGUGGAUUCAGCCCAGGACAGAGUGGUGAAGAGGGAAGAUGGAGAGAAACUUGCCAAGGAGUACGGAGUGCCCUUCAUGGAGACCAGUGCCAAGAGCGGCCUCAAUGUGGAAUUAGCGUUCACAGCCAUCGCCAAGGAGCUGAAGCACAGGUCCAUGAAGCUGCCCAACGAGCCCAAAUUCAAGCUCCACGACUACGUGAAGAAGGAAGUGCGAGGCUCGGGCUGCUGCAGGUCCUAAGGCAUUUGUACAGAGACUCGGGCCCGUGGGCAGUGUGUGCAUGUCUGUCUGUCUGUCUGUCGUGUCUGUGUCUGCCCCGAAGGCCAGCUGAGACCAGAGCACAGGAGCAGCAGGAAAAGCUCUCGGAUUCUGCAGCCCAGUCGCAUCCAUCAGCUCCAGCUCCCCUUGCCAGCGUUCCUGCACAGCUCGCAGGUGGGAGGUGGAUGUUUGGGAAGGGGCUGGGGUCUCCUCCUGUGCCUGCUCUGUGAGGCUGCUGUAACCCUUGUGAGAGCCAGGGUGUGACACAGGGGAACCAACACCUUCUCCCCACCUAGGAGGAAAAAAAGUCCUGGUUUUUUUCUGGGUAGGAGGAAGUCCUGAAUUCCCUUUUCUUUCCCUGUGUAGCUGGAACUCAGCUGAGAGCCCUGGCCUGGGGCAUGCAGGAAGGGUGUGUUUAAAGGCACACGUUUUUGUAGAUGCUUUCUCCUGUCUGUCCAUCCCUGUGAGGUGGGACACGCUUCCAGUGAGGGAUUCUCCUGUUCCCUGCAAAGGCAGAGCUUGUCUGUCUGAGUGAGCUCCUGCCCACCUGGCUGUGUACAGAGAUUUCUGAAUGUUCAUCCCUUUGGGAAAGGCUCUGCUUCUCCUCCUUCUGCCCUUUCUAGUACUUUGAGAAGAAACCUAAUGUAUUGCAGCUUAUUCUAAAUACCUUCCUGUAAGUGUGAUGGUGUUUUCAGACUGCAACAACGCUUUGAUAUCUUCAAAGUUCUCUUGGGCAGCUCUUUCUUUUCACCGCAGAGAGCUGGGGGGAAGCUGCAGGCAGUGAUUUUACAGGCUGCAGACUCCUGCCAGCUCUCUUCAAGGGCCUCCUCACCCCUUUGGUCUGUGUCAGGCUUUUGGCUGUUUUUUUGUCAAGCUGCACUUCUCAGUACAAAUUUGAAUCUGGAUGAAGUGUUUGGCCUUUGGCAAUUCUUCCCUUUGAAAACUCCACGCACACAUCAGCAGGUGCCCGCUGCACUGAGCCUCGGCGGCUUUUCCAAAUGAAACAGAAGAACCCAUCCUUUGCCCUCCAGCCAGCACCAGCCCCAGCUGCUGACUCAGAUCCCCCUGCCCCUCAUUUAGCCUGGGAUUUUGGCUCCAGCACCACUUUCCUGAUGGGCACAAGGAGCCUGUGCAGCUCUCACAUGCUCCCAGCUUCACUCGGUGAAAAAUGAUCUUAAAAUGAACCUGUUCUUUUUCCCAAAAUAGUAUUUUUAGGGGAGAGACGAGUCUUAAAAUUGUCUUGAUUUAAAUUUUAAAAUCACUUACAGAAAACCCAUUCCUGCAGGAACAUUCCUGGCAAACCCUGCUGCCAGUCCUGCAGGAGCAGCCAGGUGAAGCUCUGUGAUGGGGGUGCUGUCAGGGCCCCCUCACCCCAGUAAUUUGGUUUUGUGUGAGGCAGGACCAGCCUGGAACAGGAACAUGGAACAGCCAGGCAGCUCCAAGACUGUUUCCAUAUCCUGCCCUUGGAGCAGUAGCAGCCCCAUCCUGCAGUGAUAAGGAAUCUCCCUAAAGGCAAAAUUUAGGAUUGCUAAUGGAUUAGGAUUCCUAAUGUCAGGUUGCGACCUUCCCUCUCCCUCAGACUGGCACCUGUCUGGGUCACAAAGCUGACAACUGCUCACCUCUUGCUCAGUGUGGUACUAAAACCAACAAAAACUCCUCUAAAUGAGGAAGAUGUAAAUGUUUCCCUUUGGAGCACUCCCAGCCUGCCUGUGGGGAACACACUCUGCUACAGCAGAGACCUCACAGCCAUGUUUGUAGUUCACACCUAAACCUGGAGCAGGCUCAGCCCCUCUCUCCCAGUCACCAAUUCCCAGUGUGGGACUGGUUUCCCAGUGCCUCACACUGGCCUGGCCCCAAAGCCCCUCCUCACGGCCGUUUGGGAUUUGAUUUUUCCAUGGGGCUCUGCUGCCACCACGCGGAAUUGCACAGCGUUAAUUAUUCGAGUUAAUUGCUCAGCACACCCAGCCACAUGCGAGGACUCGGCCUCACCUGCUACAUCUCAUUUCUGCUGGCUCUUGUUUACAGCUUUUGGUUCGUUCCUGUUAAUAAAAUUUUUUAAUAACCUC